AUGUAUUCAUCAGCAAACACAUUCCUAGGUGGUCGACAGAGUAGGCUAGAUCACCUGAGAGCACUAUCUUUCACCUACUAUACUAGGAGGAUGCUGGUGGAUUUGACGUUAGAGUUUCAGGGAUUGGUUCCGGUGACUGUUGCUUUUAUUGACCGCUUGCUAGGCUGUUCUAAGCACUGCUGGUUAGGGGAGCGCCUACUUCAGGCAUUUGAUGAGUACUUGCUUCCAAAGCUCAAGAUAGACUAUAGAUUGGAAUCUUACUUCCUAGUAUUUGAAAGAAUUGCUGAGAAUGAUACAAUUCCGCCUGUUGGAUUGUUAGAACUUCUUACCAAGUUCAUGAUUAUCCUUGUUGAUAAACAUGGUCCAGACACUGGGUUGAAAUCUUGGUCUCAUGGAAGUAAAGUUCUUGGUAUUUGUCGAACGAUGUUGAUGCAUCACCAUAGUUCUAGAUUAUUCCUUGGAUUAUCUCGCCUCCUUACUUUCACUUGUCUUUAUUUUCCUGACUUGGAGGUUCGAGACGAUGCAAGGAUCUACCUGCGGAUGCUGAUCUGUGUACCAGGAAGGAAGCUUAGGCACAUACUAAACAUAGGGGAGCAACUCCCUGGAAUUUCACCUUCUCCUCAUUCCAGCUCGUUCUUCAGUGUUCAGUCUCCUCGGCUUUCUCGUGAUCUUAAAAAAUCUAGGAAUAUUUCAUCCUACAUCCACUUUGAGCGGGUGGUGCCACUGCUAGUCAAACAUUCUUGGUCCUUGUCAUUAUCUUCUCUGGGUAUUGAUGGUAACAAACCUGGUUAUUUAGAAGGCAUCUGGGACAAUGAACUCACAUCCGAGCAAACUGAGCUUGACAGUAGUACCAUUAUCCAACUUAGCUCUGAAACUGAAAGAAUUGAUCAGCCACAAGAGCCACUACGUGUAAUGGAUUCAAAGAUUUCGGAGAUUGUGAGAAUAUUGAGGAUGCAUUUUUCAUCCAUUCCUGAUUUCAGACACAUGCCAGGGCUCAAGAUUAGAAUAUCCUGCACUCUGAGAUUUAAAUCAGAGCCUUUCAAUCGCAUAUGGGGAGUCGAUUUGCCUGCUAAUGGUUUGGAUGGGGUAGAUGCACUUCCUGCCAUAUAUGCAACUGUGCUCAAAUAUUCUUCUUCAGCACCUUAUGGUUCCAUUCCAUCAUAUCACAUACCUUUUCUUCUUGGUGAACCUCCUGAAAAUAAUAAUUUUUUCAGUGGAACUAAUUGCUUAGAUAUAGUUCCUGUGGAAAAUGGUUCUGGAGAAGAGGAAAGCUUCAAAGCUCCUGUAAUGAUUGAAUUGGAGCCACAGGAACCAACACCCGGUCUUGUUGAUGUUUUCAUUGAAACAAAUGCAGAAAAUGGCCAGAUCAUCAGUGGGCAGCUUCAGAGUAUUACUGUUGGCAUUGAAGACAUGUUUCUCAAAGCUAUUGUCCCUGACGAUGUUGGAGGAGAUGCAGUACCUGGCUACUAUGCAGACUUGUUCAGUGCUCUUUGGGAGGCAUGUGGUACUACUUGCAGCACUGGACGGGAGACCUUCCCCCUGAAAGGAGGCAAAGGGAUUUCGGCUAUCAAUGGGACACGAUCAGUCAAGCUCCUCGAAGUUCCUGCAACCUCUUUGAUUCAAGCUGUUGAGCGAUACUUGGCACCUUUUGUUGUUAGUGUUAAUGAUGAACCACUUGUUAAUAUUGUGAGGGAAAGGGGAAUCAUCAGUGACAUAAUAUGGAAGGAUUUGACUUCAGAUUCUGCCCAUGAUGUUACUGCAUUGGACACUAGCUUCGAUAGUGGGCCACUUUAUCUCAAGUACACUGAUGACGAACAUGAGCAAGCGACUCACAGCCACACCAGUAACAAGAACAUUGGUUUCUUUCACAUUUUGAUAUUCCUCCCACCAAGGUUCCAUCUACUCUUUCAAAUGGAAGUAUGUGAUCUUUCAACACUAGUUAGAAUUAGAACUGAUCACUGGCCAUGCCUAGCUUAUAUUGAUGACUAUCUGGAAGCUUUGUUUUUUGCAUGAAUCCAUUUUUAUCACCUAUAAAUAGUUUCAUCUGUUGUUUCUUACACAGGCAGUGACAAUUGUGGUGCUCACGCUGUGAUUACUGUAAAUACUUCUGAUAGUGUAUCAGAAAUGUAUUCUUUUGCCGGAGCAUUUUAUACUUGCCCUGGCAAUUUAUCAAAUUGGCUGCAGGUCGGAAG